AUGGCAAGCACUUCCUCUACACCCCAAGAGAAGAAAAACACCAACCUUCCUCCCAAGAGAGGCCAGAUCAAGGUUCAGAUUUUUGAAAACUUUGUCAAAGCGGUGGCGUCCUCCAUGACCUCCAAACCUGGAGCUCAAGGCAGAAACAGAGGUGAAGAAAGUGGUGGAGGAGGCUCUGCCUCUCAAACCCCACCACCAAGUGCCUACAACUCUGAUGCCAAUUCUGAUUUCUGA